AUGGAAACAUAUUUAGAAAUUGCUGAGUACCGGAUAGCCGUACAGUUAUGGAAAAUAGCUCCGCCCAUAUUACUAAUAUUAGGUACGGCCGGGAAUCUACUGACCAUUAUUGUGCUGAUGCAACGAAAGAAUCGCCAGUCUUCCACAUCUUUGUUUCUCACAGCACUUGCAGUAUCAGACUUGCUGGCACUUUGGUCAGGUCUGUUUCGUGGCUGGCUUGUUUAUUUAAUAGACAUUGAUCUUAGAAAGUUCUCGCAAUUCGGAUGCAAGUUCCACUUGUUCCUCGUGUACUUUUCUUUUCAAUGUUCCUCGUGGUUCUUGGUGGGUGUGACCAUGGACCGUUUCAUCGGUGUACUUCUCCCGCAUAGAGUGAAGGUUAUUUGUAGCCCGCAAAAGGCAGGUGUCAUAAUCAUGUUGGUAAUCGCCUUGCUAUUUCUACUGAACCUACAUUGGUUUUACGGGCAGACGAUAACAUAUUACCCAAUCACGAACACCUCGGGUUUAUAUUUUUGUGAGACCAUAAUGGAAGACAGAUACCAAAUAUUUCUUUAUAUCUGGCGCUGGAUCGAUUUGUGCAUUGUUUCAAUAGUCCCUUUAACAAUCCUUUCCAUCGCUAAUAUCACGAUAAUUGUACGUCUAGCUAUUCGGAAACGGAACAAACGUGUCCAGAUAGCACCAAGUACUAGACAAGCAGCGCGUACACUUGAUAAAAUGUCACAGUUAACAACAAUGCUUAUUACAGUUAACAUCAUGUUCAUAAUUUGUUCAACUCCUAUAUCUUUGUUUAUGAUUGUGCAAGUAAAAUGGUUGGAAGCAUCGGAGACGUUCCACGAUUUUGCAGUGUUUUUACUUUGGUGGGCCGUAGUAAACAUGUUAGCAUAUUUAAACUGUACUCUUAAUUUUGUGCUUUAUUUUCUUAGCGGAAGUAGAUUCAGACAGGAAGUUAAGGACUUCUUCCGGCGGAAGUGUUGCGCGGUAGGCUCAAAUAUACCGCAUCUACGUACAACGAACCAGACUAAAAAAUACAUACUAUAA